ACACUCACUCACCCAUACAUACUACAAGUCUAGAACACCAGAUUCGCCGACUCAUUCAGGAGCUGCUGAACUUCAGUCACCCAAAUUCAAGCAAGUCCUUCUCACCACGGUUUUUGCCCUCUCCAUCCCUCACCAGCAUGGACUCCACCCAAAUCAACUACGGUCUCAAGGAUCCCAUGACCUUUGGCCUUCAGCGCAACAAGGACCAACGUCAAAAGGGCCAUCCUUUAGAGGAAUCCGAGCGUUUGUAUCACGCCAAUCUGGAGAAGAACCAAAUGGCCGAGCUCCGCUCGCUCCAAGGACUUCACGCCCCGCUCCGCCUUCAAAUGGAAAAGGCGGCCGUGUCCAAAGUGGGCCAUUUGCCCUGUAUCACCAAUCGAUCCAAUCUCUUGGCCGAUGUACUCAGUGGGCGGGACGAGACCAUCACCUUCGACGACCUCUAUGGGCAGCCGGAGCAUUUUGAAGGCAUGACCACGGCUCAUAACGCCAUUGAGCGACACUUGGGUCACCUUUAAGUUUCACGAGCCGUUGGUCUUGAGGAGCCUUUUACAUAUAUUUCGAGGUUAAACAAAAUAAAUCCGAUCACAAAACGGC